AUGCGCCAUAGCAUUCUCUUUUACAGCAUUGCAGUGGUCGUUAGCGCCUUGUCACACCAAGCCAUGGUUGCUUCAGCAGCAGAGGAAUUGGGCUAUGGCACCUUACUCCCUGAAGAAUACGACCGCCCUGGUGAUGAAAUUGAUGCCGAUAUCAAGGACAUGGUUUCAAAGAUGACACUUGAAGAAAAGAUUGGUCAAAUGACUCAACUCAACCAGGACUUGGUCCUUGGUGCUGAUGGUGUUCUCAAUGAGACAGCCGUGGAAUACUAUGCACAAAACUACUACGUAGGCUCUUAUCUCAACCAACUUGCUCGUGAUGGCAUCAACUAUGAUCAUGGAGAAUACGCAGAUUUGAUUGAGCGUAUCCAAGAAAUCACAUUAGCUGCCAACUCUACAUACAAGAUCCCCAUCAUUUACGGAUUGGACCACAUUCAUGGUGCGCAUUAUGUUGCCAAAUCUACCAUUUUCCCUCAUGGCAUCAAUCUUGGUGCUACUUUCAAUCCAAAGCUUGCCUAUGAAACAGCUGUGGUAACAGCACGUGAAACGCGUGCAGCCAAUGUGCAAUGGACAUUUGCCCCUGUGUUGGACAUUCCAAUGAGCAAACAAUGGGCACGUGUAUAUGAGAAUUUUGGUGAAGACCCCUACAUGUCAUCCAUCAUGGGUGCUGCCGCUGUGCGUGGUUACCAAGGCCAAUACAAAUCGGAUCGUACCAAGGUAGCUGCUUCCAUGAAGCACUUUAUUGCGUAUGGUGCUCCUUACAGUGGUCAGGAUCGUGACACUACGGUGGUAUCGGAUCGAACCAUACACGAUGUCUUUAUGCCUGGUUUUCGUGCUGCCGUGGAGGCUGGUGUAGCUACAGCGAUGGAAUCCUAUAUUGAUGUGAAUGGUGAACCCGUGGUGGCCUCACACAAGUACCUGCAAGAGAUGUUACGUGAACAACUUGGAUUCAAGGGGAUGCUGGUGACCGAUUGGGCCGAAAUUGAAAACCUGUACACCACCCACAAAGUGGCUGCAUCACACCGUGACGCCGUCAGCAUGUCGAUUGGUAGCACUAGUGUGGAUAUGUCCAUGGUGCCUAGCGAUAUCAUCUUUUUCGAUGAACUCAAGGCCCUCGUUCUUGAUGGUGUCAUCUCCGAAGAUCGUGUGAAUGAGUCCGCUGAACGAUUGUUACAGCUCAAAAAGGAUCUUGGCUUAUUGGAACCCGAUGGAUGGAAGGCUGAUCGAUCACUUGAAAUUGGAAAGUCUGAAGAUAUUGAGCUGGCAAGACAAGCUGCACGUGAAUCGAUCACUUUGCUCAAGAACGAUGAUGAUCUACUACCCCUCAAACCUGAUCAACGUGUGUUGGUGGUAGGACCAACAGGAAGUGAUUUGAGCCACUUGGCAGGUGGUUGGACCAUUUAUUGGCAAGGAGCAACGGAUGAUGGUUGGCAAGGAAAAGUUGAUGACGAGCAAUUUUAUUCAAACGGCACCACCAUCUAUAAUGGCAUGCGUGCAGCUGCACCCGAGGAUGCUGUGAUUGAUUACAUGCCAGCUUUUGAUGAAGAAGGCAAUGACCUCAAUAUGGAAGAGGUGCUCAAGGCUGCUGAAAGCUAUGAUGUGAUUGUUGCAGCCAUUGGUGAACGCGUCUAUGCUGAAGCACCAGGUGACAUUCAUGACAUUCGACUUCCACGUGGCCAAAUUGACCACAUCCACACAUUAUCCAAUACCACUGGCAAGCCGCUUGUGACCGUAUUGGUGGAAGGUCGACCUCGUGUAUUGGAAACCAUUGCAGACGAUUCUCAAGCCCUUGUUCAAGCCUAUCUUCCAGGUCCAUGGGGUGGUCAUGCUAUGGGUGAAGUGUUGUUUGGAAAGGUGAAUCCUUCUGGUCGUCUUCCUUACACCUAUCCCAAGAGUGCUGGUGAUAUCAACCUUAGCUAUUGGCGUCAAGCAAAUGAUGUUUGGGACCCGCUCUUCGAAUUUGGCCAUGGUCUUAGCUAUUCACAAUUCAGCUACAGCAACAUCUCAUCCACAGAUGAACCCGUGCUUGAGAAUUCGGAUGAUACAAUCACUGUUUCAGUGGAUGUUACCAAUGAUGGUCCUUAUGAUGGCAUGCAUACAGUCUUAAUGUUUGUGCAACAGCCUGUGCGUCGUAUCACACCACCUGCCAAAUUGCUCAAGGGAUUCCAAAAGGUGGAUCUUGCUGCUGGUGAGACGACAACCCUUCAAUUUCAAGUGAAUGGUGACAUGUUCCGUUACACUGGCCUUGACAAUGUUCCUCAGGGCACUAUUGACAAUGGUCCUGUCAAGGUGUUGAUUGGCGAGGAUGAGUAUGAGCUCGAGAUUCGUAUGUAA